AUGCGAGAAGCGCAGCUGCACACCGCCGAGGCCUCCCUCUGGAGCGUGGUGGCCACUGUCCAGGCCAUGGAGAGGAAGAUCGACCUGUUGGCCACCCGUCUGCUCAGCUUGGAAGGCCGAUCCGGGACAGCUGAGAAGAAGCUCUUGGAUUGUGAGAAGACAGCUAUGGAGUUCGGAAACCAACUGGAGAACAAGUGGGCCGUCUUGGGCACCCUCAUCCAAGAAUACGGCCUCCUGCAGAGAAGGCUGGAGAACAUGGAGAACCUUCUCAAGAACCGCAAUUUCUGGGUCCUCCGGCUGCCCCCGGGAUCCAAGGGAGAGAUCCCCAAG